UGACAUUAACAUUUAGUGAAAAAUAAAGUCUUUUUCGAUUUAAUUUUGAGUCGGCAAAUAAAGAUUUUAUGUAAUUUACGACUUAAUAAUCGUUUUAUUAAAAGAUGUUUCGGGUAAUCAAUAAUAUUACGCAGUUAUGCGUAAACAAUUCUUUGAAACGAAUAUUGCAGCAAGAAAAUGGUAUCCUAAUGGUAAUUCAAGGAACCAGAAAUUUAUCAAGCAGAGCCGAUAAUGACAAGUUUUCGUUAAAACAUGAAGAGGUUGGUCGUCCACUUUAUUUUGACGCACAAGCGACAACUCCUAUGGAUCCCAGAGUACUUGAUGCAAUGUUACCAUAUUUAGUAAGCUACCAUGGAAAUCCACAUUCUCGAACACACACUUAUGGAUGGGAAAGUGAAGCAGCAGUAGAGAAAGCCAGAGAACAAGUGGCAAAUCUAAUAGGAGCAGAUCCUAAAGAAAUCAUAUUCACAUCAGGAGCUACGGAGUCUAAUAAUAUAUCUGUCAAAGGAGUGGCACAUUUUUAUGCACCAAGAAAAAAGCACAUUGUUACAACACAGAUUGAACAUAAAUGUGUCCUUGAUUCAUGUCGUGCAUUAGAAGGUGAAGGUUUUAAAAUCACUUAUCUACCAGUCGGACCAAAUGGAAUUAUUAAUCUACAGCAACUAGAAGAGGCAUUGACACCAGAAACAAGUCUGGUGUCAAUUAUGACUGUCAACAAUGAAAUAGGUGUAAAACAGCCAAUAGCUGACAUUGGAGCGAUAUGCAAAAGCAAAAAGGUAUUCUUCCACACGGAUGCAGCUCAAGCUCUUGGAAAAAUACCGUUAGAUGUUAAUAAAAUGAAUAUAGAUCUUAUGUCAAUAUCUGGUCACAAAAUCUACGGCCCGAAAGGAGUGGGUGCGUUAUUCAUCAGACGUCGGCCCCGAGUACGUGUGGAACCAAUACAAAGUGGAGGUGGACAGGAGAGGGGAAUGAGAAGUGGGACUGUACCUACACCAUUAGUAGUGGGGUUAGGUGCAGCCUGUGAAUUAGCACAAAGGGAAAUGAAAUAUGACCAUGCUUGGAUGGAGAAUUUGUCUCAAAGAUUUCUAGAUAAAAUUUAUUCCAAACUGUCACAUGUGAUCAGAAAUGGAGACCCGGAACAAACUUAUCCUGGAUGUGUCAACUUGUCAUUUGCUUAUGUUGAAGGUGAGUCUCUGCUUAUGGCCCUGAAGGACGUGGCGCUGUCGAGCGGCUCCGCCUGCACCUCCGCCUCGCUGGAGCCCUCCUACGUGCUCAGAGCCAUCGGCACCGACGAGGACCUCGCACACAGCUCUAUUAGGUUUGGUUUAGGUAGGUUCACCACAGAGGAGGAGGUGGAUUAUACGGCGGAGAAGACGAUACGGCACGUGGAGCGGCUGCGCGACAUGAGCCCGCUCUGGGAGAUGGUGCAGGAAGGGGUCGACAUCAAAACCAUCCAAUGGUCGCAGCACUGAACAUAUAUUUGUAUAUUAACAUAUGUAAAUGUUAACCAGCAUUUCAUAUUUGUAGAAACUUAUUUUUGGCAGAUCUGUUUGUGUUUAAUUUUUUUUUAUUUGUACGUACUGAUUUCGAAAUUACACGUUAUUGUUUACAAUUGUUUGAUAAUAACGAUAAAUCAAUUCCGUAUUUGUUAAAUAUGUCAUUAGAUGACGAAAAUGUUAUUGUAAAAUUAUGAAAUUUAUUACAAAAGUCAAUAUUAAAACUGGCGCAUUCCACUUUAAUGGCCAUUUAGGUAAUUCCGGAAACAAUUGGAAUAAUAGAAUCUUCAAUUGAGUAUUAAUUCCCCCUUUGCACAACUGUAGUAACAUUUGCUACUUUAGGUAUAGAUAGAAUACACUGAAAAUAUUUUAUUAAAACAAAUAAGCCCAAAAGUAUAAUGGCGAAUAAACGCAGUCUGACAAUUAUUCUACUAUAGAUAAGUAGGUUCAAGUGAAUAAGCAAAAUGUAUUGCAAGAAUAUGUAUCACAAUUAAAAUCCAGAAUACACAAUAAAAUAAAAGAUUA